GGACCGAAGGAGCAAUGCGCUCAUAUUUUAUAAUGUUACGGUUUUAUAUGUGUCCUCAAUAAUAUGUGGGAAUGGUUCUAUGGGAAUCAUACCUGCAAUGAUGGAUUUCAGAAUUUUUCAGUGCAUUAUGUCAAUUGGAAUUAAUCUUUUAUAACGGACCAAGGAUGACAAAGAGAAAGGGAUGUCGAGACUGGAGAUGGCUGGCGCUUUGGUGGCAUCAUUUCUUUCUCUUGUGGAGUACAAUAGCCGGACAAACUCGUUACAGCAUUCCAGAAGAACUAAAACAGGGCUCUGUUGUAGGAAAUCUUGCCAAAGAUCUGGGUUUGGGAUUAUCUGAAAUUUUUGACCGUAAACUGCGUGUUGCCUCUGAUGCUGGUAAGCAGUAUUUCAGCAUGGAUGCGGGGAAGGGCGAGCUGGUGGUGAAUGACAGAAUAGACAGAGAGGCUUUGUGUGGACAAAGCGCCAGCUGUGUGUUACCUCUGCAAGUAGUUGUUGAAAAUCCUUUACAGUCUCAUCGAAUUGAGGUGGAAAUAAGAGACAUAAAUGACAAUACUCCUAGUUUUCUUACCCAAGAAAUUAAUCUUAAAAUACCAGAGUCAGUUGGUCCCGGCAGACGUUUUCCUUUAGAAAAUGCAGAGGACCCCGAUGUUGGGAGCAAUUCUUUGAAAACGUAUACUUUAAGCAAAAACGAUCAUUUUUCAUUGAAAUUCAAGGACACAACGAGUGGUAAAGCUGUCCCAGAAUUAGUGUUAGAGAAACCCUUAGACCGCGAGAAAAACGCUUUCCAUCAGCUGCUGUUGACAGCUUUAGAUGGAGGAACCCCAGUCACAUCGGGAACAUGUAAAAUCACAAUUACUGUACUUGAUAAUAAUGAUAACUUUCCAGUGUUUAGUGAAAACGAGUACAAGGUUGUUCUAAAGGAGAAUAUCACCACGGGGACGUUUCUAGUUAAACUUACAGCAACAGACGCCGACGAUGGGCUUAAUGGUGAAGUUAGAUAUUCUUUCGGGUCCCGCACUCCUGACUCAGUGUUAUCAACAUUUGCAAUCAAUGUGGAAACAGGAGAAAUUAUAUUAAAGGGCCCAUUAGAUUAUGAAAGUAAUAAAUAUUACCUUAUUGAUAUAACUGCUAAAGACAGAGGGGUUCCCGAAAUGGAGGGUCACAGUCGUGUGCAGCUCGACAUAGAGGAUAUAAACGAUAACGCUCCGGAGAUUGUGCUAACUUCGGAUCCUAGUCCUGUACCCGAGGACGCACGGAGUGGCACAGUCGUGGCACUGAUCAGUGCAAGAGACCUGGACUCCGGUGAAAAUGGCAAAGUGACCUUACAUCUUUCCAAAAGUUUCCCGUUCGCUCUGAAACCUUCGUUUUCUAAUAAUUAUGAAUUGAUUACCAGCGGUCCUUUAGACCGAGAGAGAUCUUCAGAGUAUAAUAUAGAAAUCAAAGCCACUGAUUCAGGUAACGGAUCGGGGAUGACAAAGAGAAUGAGAUACCAAGACUGGAGAUGGCUGGCUCUUUGGUGGCAUAAUUUCUUUCUCUUGUGGAAUACAAUAGACGGACAGACUCGUUACAGUAUCCAAGAGGAGCUAAAACAGGGCUCUGUGGUAGGAAAUCUUGCCAAAGAUCUGGGUUUGGCAUUAUCUGACAUUUUUGACCGCAGGCUGCGUGUCGCCUCUCAGGCUGGAGAGCAGUAUUUCAGUGUGGAUGCGGGGAAGGGCGAGCUUGUGGUAAAUGACAGAAUAGACCGAGAGGCUUUAUGUGGACAAAGCGCCAGCUGUGUGUUACCUUUACAGAUAGUUCUUGAAAAUCCUUUAAAUUUACAUCGAAUUGAGGUCGAAAUAAAAGAUAUGAAUGAUAAUUCUCCAAGCUUCCAGACAAAGGAGCUGUCUUUGAAAAUUGCGGAGUCGGCAGCAGUGGGAACUCGAUUUGUUUUGGAAAGCGCAGAGGAUGCAGACGUUGGGAGUAAUUCAGUAAAAUCCUACACGUUGACUAAAAACGAGUGUUUUACAUUGAAAAUGAAGGAAGUUGAAGAUGGCAAAGCAGUGCCCGAGUUAGUAUUAGAGAAACCUCUUGAUCGAGAGAAGAAGGCCAUUCAUCAGCUACUGCUGACGGCAUUAGAUGGGGGUAACCCAGUAUUGUCUGGUACCUCACAAAUAACAAUCACAGUGCUAGACGUCAAUGACAAUUUUCCAAUGUUUGAAAAAAACACGUAUAAAGUUUCUUUACAGGAAAAUACUGCACAAAAUACAUUUGUAGUUAAAAUUGCGGCGACGGAUGCUGACGAGGGGCCAAACGGAGAAGUUGAAUUCUCUUUUGGUUCGCGGACUCCAGAUUCCGUGUUGUCACUAUUUGAAAUCAACCCACUAACUGGAGAAAUACAUUUGAAAGGAGACCUAGAUUAUGAAAAAGCAUCGUCCUAUAAAAUUGAAAUUACGGCAAGAGAUAAGGGUGUUCCGGAAAUGGAAAGUCACUGUCGUCUACAGAUAGAUAUUGUGGAUGUAAAUGACAACACUCCAGAAAUUGUUCUCACCUCUGAACCGCAGCCAGUUCGCGAAGAUGCAGCUAGUGGCACAGUUGUGGCUUUGCUCAAUGCACGUGAUGCUGACUCCGGUAAUAAUAGUAAAGUAACACUGAGAGUACCUAAAGGCUCUCCUUUCACUCUGAAACCAUCAUUUUCUAAUAAUUACGCGCUGGUUACAAGCGGUCCUUUAGACCGAGAGAGUUUCCCAGAGUAUAAUGUAGAAAUCACAGCCACUGAUUCAGGCUCUCCUCCCUUGACCAGUAAAAAUAUCAUACCUGUUAUUAUCACUGAUGUUAAUGAUAACCCUCCUGUAUUCACUCAACGAAAUUAUAAUGUGUAUUUAAAAGAGAAUGGAGUACCAGGCUCUAUCCUGUACUCAGUAUCAGCAUCUGACCUGGAUCUCAACACUGAUGGACCUAUAAAGUACGUGGAGGUCCUGGGAGGAGACAUGCUGUCUCAGAGUCAGUCCUUCAGGUCCUGUAUGUCUCCGAUGUCAGAGUACAGCGAUUUCACUCUGAUCAAACCCAGCAGCACCACAGACUUUAAGGAGGUGAUUAGUGUCCUGGAUGCUUCUUUGCCCGACAGCACCUGGACCUUUGAGAGCCAGCAGGUGAGGCGAAAAUUGAAGAAAUAA